AUGAAGACCAAUGCGGAACGGUUUGAUCGAGGGAAAUGGUGGUUUACAUCUAAGGAAUCAAAAGCAUUUGUCCAGCGAAGAAAUGGUCUCGUGAAAAGCAAUGGUAAUGAACUCAAGGAAGUAAUUCAUAUCACGCCAAGUUCCUCCAAAAAUGACCAACUCAAAGUAAGUAGGCCGGGUAACAAUGUAUCAAUGCUUCGAAAAAUAAUCAAUUUACCAUGGGUUUUUUAUUUUUAAUUCUUAGCUUCAAUUUCGCGACAAGGACAAACCACUAAUGUUUACUAUUACAACAUUCGAUUUUACCGGCAACGAUUAUUCACGAGCAUUUGAACCGUAUGUUCAAUCGACGGAACGCUUUGCUGCCAAGUUCAACAGUCUCAGAGAAGGCAACGCGGUUAAAGACGUCUCUGCCGUGAGCGUGUUGGCAAACGAGGACAACGCAAAUGCGGUGACGGUCGAUAGCCCUAAUGAAGCCGAACCCACCCUCAGUGAAAAGGACAGUAUAAAUGAGUCUAGUGUUGAAGAGAUUAAUGUUGCCGAAAGUCCACUUUUGCUUGUCCGAGAUACCGUUUCACCCCCGACAAAUAUCUUGCCCGGUAAUACUACAUUGCCAUUGGGAAAGCGUAAACACGCUGGCACUGCACAAGUUCCUGUUGAGGUCGAGCCUCUUCCCGAUGAAUUGGCUGAAAAACGAGCGAGGAAAGUCGAAAAGCUGACAAGAAAUCCGAAAGAGCAAGACAGCGCAUUUUACGAGAUGGUUAUGAGAGAAUAUGCUAUCAAAGAAGGUUUGUAAAUGUUUAAAUGUUACAUAGCAAAAUUGAAUUAACUAACGGUAGCUAUGCCUAUAUGCCCUGUGGACAAAACGCGAUUCCGGACAGCGUUGCAUUAGUUACUUCUGUCGCCGUAGAUAACAUUGACCCUCGUUCAAAUUUUGCAAAUAUUUAAUAGCGCCAUAGCCGACUAUAACAUUUUGUUUUUAUAGCGUAAAGUUUUGAAAUUUCUUUGGUUUUAGUUGCUUUUCAAGACUGGAAAAUCACGUCGCGAUAGCGAUCGCAAUCCUACAAAAACAGUUCAUUUUCAAAAUUCGCGCCAACACUUAAUUAUGCCUAAAUAAAGCGGCCUGACGAAUAUUUCCCGUCAAAAUUUACUUUUACAGUAAAAUUCAAAAUGGCGACUAACUGAAUGUUUGCACUGGGUACUUGUCAAUGGUAUUUGCCAAUGUAUAUGACAGACAGCCAGUUUAAAUUAUGUUGGUGAGUUCUUCAAUGUUAACAAUUUAAAUGAAUAGCAUUUCGGGAUGGCAUGAAUUUUAAUAUUAAUGUCAGAAUGUGAAAAAUAGUAAAUAAACAGUGACCGACUGACAGUGUGCGGGGAACUUCAAACCGAUAUUUUUAUAUUCUUUUGACAAGUAAAAUUGGCAUUUUCCUACCAAUUCUGACAUAAUAUCAGGGCAUAAGACAUACUGAAAUCAAACAGUAAUAAUAUGUAGAAAUUAUGUGCCCGAAUUGCCCUGAGUUUGUAUAGAGGCUAUAUAAAAUAAUGAUAAUUGAACUGAGUGGACUGCAAUUUGGUCUGUUGCAUGAAAUGUAGGGCAACAAAGUUUAACCCAUAGAGUUGCAUUGCACCCUGAUACACCCAACUUUAUUAUUGUACUCUGUCAGAUUAUUUUACUCUGUCUAACGCCAGACGAUUUUAUUCGUCAUCAAGAGCAGAGUUUUAUGCACAAAACAGUCAACAUAAUUAUUUGCUCAUAUUCAUGUGUCUUGAUAAUUAAAGGACAACAUUUUUAUUACUUACAUCUAUUAGGUAUACUUAGGCCUAAAAAAUACCUGUGGUUCCGGUUUCAUAUCAUGAAAUCAGGGUCAGUCGGUCAUUAAUAAUGUUUUUUUUUUAAAUACCACAUUGAAAUUGAUACAUUUAAAAAGAUUAGUGCACAUGUAAUCUGCUUUGUCUAUAUAGUUCCCAAAUAAUGAACUUUAUACAGUAUAUCAAACUUGUGGUGAUUACUAUAGCACUUGUAUAUCAAUAGGCAGAAAUGUUUUAUAUUUUUUGAUAAUAUAGCACAAAGAAAUACAAAGAAAGAAAUUUUCUGUGUUGAUUUUGAGUUAUGUCAACACACUGAACACAGAUCAUAGCCAAUCAACGUUCAGAAUUUACAGAUGCUAUAUUAUAAAAAAAUGUUGACCAGUAUACAUGCAAUGACAACAGCAUUGUUAUAAGCUUGUGCAGUCAUAAUCCCGUAUUCUAAUGCUCACUCACACUCGAUGAGUGGAGGUUCAAUUUGAGCUUCUCUUGAGUGCCAAUGCCAUUUUUGAAUAACUGGAGGGCAAGUAGUUACCAAGUAAGUUAUAAUACUAGCCCUCCAGCUAUUCAAAAACAGCAUUAACACUCAAGAGAAGCUCAGAUUGAACCUGCACUCGUUGAGUGUGAGUGAGCUUUUUGAAUACGGGUGAUACUGUACAAUGUUUGCAUUAAAAUGAUAAUUUUUCAUUUGGAUAUUAAUUAACCUAUGGUACUUUUUUGUUAUAAGAUCCUGUCAAAGUGCUUACACACACAUUAACUGAGCCACGUAAAGCAUAUUUGGUAAGACCGCUUGACCUGCUGUUUGUCGAUUCGCUCAAGAAUGAAAUCUUGGAACGUCAGUGCAACUUUCCGAAGCCUCUGAUUGCUAUUGUGAAGGGCAUUAAUUCAAAGGAACAGUUUGAAGAAAAGGAUCUUGAUGGGUAUGCACUGGAAGUUAUUGGAGGAAACCAUCGACGUGAAGCAAUUCAACAGCUACACAAAGAGGGGAAACUGGACAAGAAUGUCCAUAAAUAUGCCAUGGUUCAACUUUUUGUUGGUAUGUUCAAUUUCAAUAUUUGCAAAGUUAGUAAAAAAGCAUUUAUUUAAUUAAUAUCAUACCGGUAUUUGAUAUCUGAUAUGGAUAAGAAUAUGCUCUGAAAUGUUCAUGAUAUAAUGGUAAAAAUAGAUAUUAAAAUACAAGUCCUUGCUUUAUUGCAGAAAUGCCUGAAAGAGAUGCCUUACGACUGGCACAGCUUCAGAACAGAGUAGACUCGAUUCACCAUGAUAUGAGUACGAGUGACAAGGUAUUUAUUUAUAUGUUAGUGGUUUUUUUCAAUAUAUUUUUAUAUUUCAAUUCUAAUUUUUUGUUUAAUUAUCUUUCUAUAACCCACCAUGAUAAUAAAGAUUGAACUCUGUGCGAACCUAUUAUCACAACACUUUAAUGGGAAAAAAUGUGUGGAUUGGCGAAAGACAUGUUGUACCAUAAUUGGUGAAAAUGUGAGUUAAUAAGUAUAAGUAUUGUAUAGUAUUUUGUUAGAUUUAUAUAUUAAAUCUAUGGCAGUCAUGAAUAGUAUGAAAAUAGAGUUGAUAGAGAUUCAACUAAUACCUAAAAAAUAUAAACAUGUCUUCAACGUUUCGCCUACCAACUUCCCGAUAAAGGUAUUUCGCUCAAUGUGUUGAAGUUCUGCUUAUAUUUUUGAGAUAUUUGCAUCUCUACCCAUCUGCAGAGUUCCUGUCAUCGAGUCUAUCUACACUUGCUCAGAUUGCAAAUCUGCAAUAUUAACAGUUGAAAUUGCAAAUCUGCAAUAUUAACAGUUGAAAUUGUAUUACAGCUUAUUUUAUUGAUUUCUGUCAUUAAGACUUUACUAGUAAAGGAAAGACUGGUAGCCAAGGUUGGAUUUUCAUUUUUUUUAAAGGAGGGGUGGAAAUAUUUCUAGUGGGGUGCAAGCGGCACCACCGAGCGAGCUUUUUACAGGGGUUAGGCAUUAGGGUUAAAACUUUCACAUAUUUUUCAAUCUUGUCCAGUGUGGAUAUACACGUACUCAGAGUAACAUCACAAAACAUACCCACUACUCGUUUUGCAGGAAGUGCUCUUUAUCUUUCCCUUUUGCAAUAGGCAAGUCACUCCAGUAGGUCAGUUUCAAUCAGUACUGUAUGCCCUUUUUUGUCCAAAUAAGGGUAAAAAGGUUAUUGUAAGCUCCAUUCAAUGAUUUCAGGAGGCAACAUUAUCAAAUGUCCUCUACGUAUCCAGUGAAUUUGGGCAGGAACUUCUCAACGAAAUCCAGGAGAUGAUUGCCAAGUUUGGGAAGGCCGAAUUAACGGGACAAAGGGUCUCCAAAAAAGUUCUAAAACAAAGACAUUCUGCCGUCGUACAAAAAAUCGAUUUUCCACCAUCAAAGUUGAAGAUGUUUCGAGGUGAAGUGACGAGUGUGGAACUACUGAAACUACUCAAAGACGUCAACGCGAAUACAUUGUCCUUAUCCGAACUGGAAGCAGAAGUGUCGAGAUUAAAAGAAAUGAGAGCUGUGCAAAAUGUUUUUGUUAAGCUCUCAUGUUCUUCAUCUUGGGACGAAGCAGUGAGAAGGUACGCAUGUUCAUAGUAAUUUCGCUAACAUUCCAAGUUGUUUUUUUCAGGUUCCCUUGUAACAAUUAAGUGUAUACAUACGUCAGUCCAACGCACAAUACGACACUUUAAGAGUUCUUAUAGAUAAUCCUUUUGUAAUCCAAAUUGUUGCAGGUUACCUUCAUGUGGUCAAAACAUCUAUGAUCGUUCCGAUAUUUGAUUUUCAGUUUCAACUGUGAAUGAACGUUUUGAUUGUUUCAGGUUCCCUGACUUUACUAAAGAAGGAUGUCUUCAUCGCUUUCGUGGAUCAGUGUUACGAGGGCAUGCACAAGACAAUCUAAAGUCGUAUAUUCAAAGAGCGGUCGCAAGCGAAGGGAUGGACGAAGCUGUUCCCUGCGAAGUUAAAGUGAUUAAAAUGGAUUGCCGUAAAGAUCUGUCAUUGUUAGAUGUGUGGAAGUUUGGGGGUGCAGAGAUAAUUUUCAUUGAUCUACCUAAGGUAAAUGAUUUUCCCUAACAUUUCUGAAAUGCGCCCGGCUAGACGAGGGACGAGAAAAACUUUGCCUCUCGCAAUAUCUUCGCUCAAUUGUCCAUUGUCUUUCUCUUGUUUGUUGGGUUAUUGCAUCUGUUUGUCCUAAUUUUCUGACCAAAGGACAUUAAUGCACAGUGCGAUUUGCUUCUAUUAAAUUUUUUCUGCAUUUAUUAGACUUGGACUGAGGAAGACGUGACAAAAUUCAUUCGCACAAUGAAAAGCAUAAAUUUUAGAAAAAGUGUUACAGAAUGCCGAUUUGUGUUGUUUCCAACCUCCUCCCCAAAUGAUGUCAUGCUGCAACAAUUGGAUGUCGCCAAGUGCGCACUUGCAGCACUGAAGAUUGAUUGGGAUAUGGGAUAUUUCCAUAACCCAAGUUGUGCUGCCAAAGGUUUGUUUAACUACUAAUAUCGUUAUUUAAGCAAAAAGUAGAGUGUAUCUUCAGUGCUCCCACUGUGGAUUUGACCUGUUUUAAUAUAUACCUCUUUCCUCCCAUAGAAAGUGUUUCAUUAUCCAAGACAGUGGUGCCGUUCAUGGUCACCAGAAUGUCCAAAACUUCCCGCAUGUUAACGGUGAAUGAUCUUUUCAGUGUUGAUGGUGAGCAAAUGGUGAAAGAGAAAGAUACUGGCGAAGUAUACGAACGUCAGAAGCCGGUAAAACUAUAUUCUUCUUUAUUAGAAUUGUUUACUCCUGACAAAUCUCUACAUGUCUUGGAUGCAUGUAGUGGGGCAGGAUCAUGUGCCGUUGCAUGCAAUGCCGCCCAAUAUAAGUGUCUGGUAUUGGAACUCUCAUUUACCAAGUGCAGACUUAUUGAACAAAGACUCAAGUGUUGA